AUGUUGGCGACCAAAGUAGAGACGAAAAGGCUUCUGUUUGGGACGGAGCCGACUGCUCGUUAUCCACACGGCCUUUUCUUCAUCGUCCUCAAUUCAGUCUCUCGACCAUGUAAAGUUGAAGAGAUAGAAAUAGACAGAUAUAAAGUUGAAGAGAUAGAAAUAGACAGAUGUAAAGUUGAAGAGAUAGAAAUAGACAGAUGUAAAGUUGAAGAGAUAGAAAUAGACAGAUGUAAAGUUGAAGAGAUAGAACUAGGCAGAUGUAAAGUUGAAGAGAUAGAACUAGACAGAUGUAAAGUUGAAGAGAUAGAACUAGACAGAUGUAAAGUUGAAGAGAUAGAAAUAGACAGAUGUAAAGUUGAAGAGAUAGAACUAGACAGAUGUAAAGUUGAAGAGAUAGAAAUAGACAGAUGUAAAGUUGAAGAGAUAGAAAUAGACAGAUGUAAAGUUGAAGAGAUAGAACUGGACAGAUGUAAAGUUGAAGAGAUAGAACUAGACAGAUGUAAAGUUGAAGAGAUAGAACUAGACAGAUGUAAAGUUGAAGAGAUAGAACUAGACAGGUGUAAAGUUGAAGAGAUAGAACUGGACAGAUGUAAAGUUGAAGAGAUAGAACUGGACAGAUGUAAAGUUGAAGAGAUAGAACUAGACAGAUGUAAAGUUGAAGAGAUAGAACUGGACAGAUGUAAAGUUGAAGAGAUAGAACUAGACAGAUGUAAAGUUGAAGAGAUAGAACUAGACAGAUGUAAAGUUGAAGAGAUAGAACUAGACAGAUGUAAAGUUGAAGAGAUAGAACUAGACAGAUGUAAAGUUGAAGAGAUAGAACUAGACAGAUGUAAAGUUGAAGAGAUAGAACUAGACAGGUGUAAAGUUGAAGAGAUAGAAAUAGACAGAUGUAAAGUUGAAGAGAUAGAACUAGACAGAUGUAAAGUUGAAGAGAUAGAAAUAGACAGAUGUAAAGUUGAAGAGAUAGAACUAGACAGGUGUAAAGUUGAAGAGAUAGAACUGGACAGAUGUAAAGUUGAAGAGAUAGAAAUAGACAGGUGUAAAGUUGAAGAGAUAGAAAUAGACAGAUGUAAAGUUGAAGAGAUAGAAAUAGACAGAUGUAAAGUUGAAGAGAUAGAAAUAGACAGAUGCCGUACGAUAGUCAGUCAUCGGGGAUGA